GAAGUUAUAAAACUGGGGUUCUGAUGGUUUGACGAAGUUCUUGGUGACUGAACAGUGCUUAAAUCGCGUUAUAUCAAAAUCCUAUUUGUACAUAUAUAUUAACUAGGAUGGACCUUAGUAUGACAAAUCUAUGGCUUCGAGGGAAGGAAGAUAUGGAUGUUUCAUUCUCUCAAGCUGAACCUGCUGGCAUAAAUUGCAGAAAUGAAGACUUAGAUGUAACAGCAGUUAACCGUGAUUGCCUGGGCAGCUCAGAAGCAGUUGAGGCUUCUAGAAAAUCAUUCAACCAGAGGAAUGAACUUGUCCCCGAUGAUGACUCCAGGCUGGUGCUAGGACUUGGACCAUUGCCAAAUCUGUAUUCUGCUGAUAGUCACUCAUCUGGUGGGAACAAAGUUAAAUUAUCUGCAACUUUGUUCGCCCAUUGUACCACAACUGAUCCUGGAUUAAUUUUGGGGAUUUCAAGUGACAGCUCAAGAAAUUUACAGUCCACAAUAGUGCCUGGCAGCAAGGAACAUUCACAUAAAAGGAAAAAUGGUAUUUUUCUCCCACUUAUUGACGAGGGGUCAACUUCAGCAAGAAGGAAAUCGGGUGAAUAUGUCCUGCCACUUCUGUUUGCUCCAAGAUCAAAUGAUAUUUGUCUGAACGGAACACCAUCAGAGACUGAUGUUCAGCAACACCUUGGAGCCAGAUACGAGGCGGAUCAUGAUAGAUAUCUUAAUCAACAUGAGGUUCAGCUUAGCCCUGAGCCUUCAGCAACGACUGAUUGUUCUUUUGCUGAAACUUCAGAUACAACUGCUGAAACUUCAGAUACAAUAGCUUGUACUAGUAAUGGGGAGCAGAGAAGUCAUCAACGCCAUCUUAAGAAGUGUAGGUUCAACGGGUGUUCCAAGGGCGGAAGGGGUGCAUCAGGACUCUGUAUUUCCCAUGGUGGCGGUCAGCGCUGCCAAAAGCCAGGUUGCUAUAAGGGUGCCGAGAGCCGAACUGCGUACUGUAAAGGUCACGGAGGUGGAAGGCGGUGCCAAGAGUUAGGCUGCACCAAGAGCGCCGAAGGAAAGACAGAGUUCUGUAUUGCUCACGGCGGUGGGCUCCGGUGUGGGGUUCAGGAGUGCUCGAGAGCAGCACGGGGAAGAUCAGGAUUCUGCAUAAAACAUGGUGGAGGGAAGAGGUGCAUCAUGGAGGGGUGCACUCGGAGUGCUGAGGGAUAUCCCGGGCUGUGCAUCUCGCAUGGAGGUGGUCGCCGGUGUCAGUACCCCGACUGCAGUAAGGGAGCACAGGGUGGCACUAUGUUCUGCAAGUCCCAUGGUGGUGGCAAACGGUGCAUAUCUGAAGGCUGUACCAAAGGGGCCGAGGGCAGCACAUUGUUAUGUAAAGGGCACGGUGGCGGGAAGAGGUGCCUCUUCGAGGGAGACGCGGCAUGUCCCAAAAGUGUUCAUGGAGGAACCAGCUUCUGCGUGGUGCAUGGAGGCGGCAAAAGGUGUGCUGCACCAGGGUGCACCAAGAGCGCGCGCGGUCGCACCAAUUGCUGCGUGAGGCAUGGCGGUGGGAGGCGUUGCGUAUCUGAUGGGUGCGACAAGAGUGCGCAGGGGAGCACGGACUUCUGCAAGGCGCACGGGGGCGGGAAGCGGUGCGCCUGGAGCAUGGGCUGUGAGAAGUUUGCCAGGGGAAGGAGCGGUCUCUGCUCUGCGCAUGAAACCUUGAAGGCUUCAAAGCAAGAGCCAGAAUGCGGGCAGGGCACACGCAUGAUUGGGUAUGGCGCCUUCAGCGGGAUCGGCUCUUCUUCCUGGACGGCGGGCAGCAGCAUGGACCGUGGGAUCUCCUCUUCUAUUCCUGGCGCCUCGUCGGAUUGUGGCGAGUCGUUGCAAGACAUGCCGAGUGGCAGGCUCAUACCACCGCAGCUGCUUGUUCCUGGUUCCCUGAAACCUUCUUCUUCGUUUAACCUGGCGGGUAAUGGCCAAGAGGGUGGAGAGGGGAUUCGGAGCCAGAGCUUCGGGUUGGUCGUGCCGGAGGGAAGGGUGCAUGGCGGAGGGCUGAUGUCGAUGCUCGGAGGAGCUGGCGGCAACAGCAUCCAUGUUCCGAAAUCCUGAAAACUGCACUUGAAUUGCAGCUUGUUUCGUGUGCUUCCACUAUGAUUCUGCAUAUGACAUCUCGAUCUGUGGUUUCAGAUCACCAUUGCGGUUUGCUGUCACCGUAAUGAUGAUCUUGAAGGUACGUGGCAGUCAGCUAGGACCUUGUGUAGCAUGUUCUGCGAUCAACGACUGAAUAUAGUGUCAGCAUGUA